AUGUUGACGGUCUUUCUGGGGCCCGGGGCGGCGGGCUCGCCCUGCGCGCCCUGCUCGCCCUGCGCGCCCUGCUCGCCCUGCUCGCCCUGCUCACCGUGCCGGGACAAGCUGGAGCGGCCGGACUUGGCAGAGGCGAGUGUGUCCUGUGAGGGCCAUCGCAGGGAGGACCGUGUGGAGAACCGCGAGCCCUCGCGGGACUGCGCCACGGACGAGGUGUCCGAGCUCCCGGCCGACGGCGUCAGGGAUGGGACCUGUGGCAUCGUGUGGAGGGCAGUGGCUGGUGAGGUGGUGGCUAUCAAGAAAAUUUUCCAUGCCUUCAGAGACAAGACAGAUGCUCAGAGAAUGUUCCGGAAGGUCACGCUUCUCCAGGCAUUCGGGGAUCAUCUCAACAUCGUCCACCUGCUUGCGGUCCCAGCUGAAAAUGACAAGGACAUUUAUCUGGUGUUUGAGUCCAUGGACACCGACCUGAAUGCCGUCAUCCAGAAGGGCAGCCUGCUGUGCGAUGUCCAGAGCUACAUCUUCCACCAGCCCCUGCAGGCUGCCACAUGCAUCUCCUCCGGGAUGCUCAUCCACAGAGACCAGAAACCAUCCAACGUCCUUGUGGAUGCCAGCUGCACCGUAAAGCUCUGCGACUUCGGCCUUGCCCGCUCCCUGGGCGACCUCCCCACGGGGCCCGAGGGCCAGGUGCUGACCCAGCACAUGGCCACACAGUGGUUCCGAGCCCUGGAGGUGCUGGGUCCCCCAGCACACCCGUACACCCCUGGGGUGGACAUGUGGAGCCUGGGCUGCUUGGGAGAGAUGCUGGGAGGCCGGCCGCUGUUCCCCUGCUCAUCUCCCCCCCAGCUGGAGCUGGUCCUGGAGACCGUCCCCCUGCUGGUGGAUGGUCAGGGCACACACCGGGCCCUCCUGCCGCCGGACCCCUCCCACGCCCUGGGCCGGCUCCUGGUGUUCGCCCCCGACCAGCGCCUGAGCGCGCAGAGGCUCCAGCACCCCUACGUGCAGAGGCUGGCGCGGGGGCCGCGCGAGCCUGACUGCGGGCAGGCUGUGCCCGGCGCGGGGUCCCCGGCAGCCCAGUGCACCCCCUGCACCCCUGGUCCCGCAGAGUGGACGUGCGGCUCCCGGUUGCUCCCGGCUCCCGGAGCCGGCCCGGGCCGCAGGAUGCUGAGCUCCUGGGUCUCAGGAGCCCGGGGCGCUGCCAGGGCCGCGCUCAGAGGCUGCGGGCAGGCCUACGGGACCUGA